UUUUGUAUAAUCAUAUAUAUAUAUACAAACAUAUUCUUCUGUGGUAUUCUAUAUAGUGUUGAAAAUGACCGAUAUCAGCUUGGAGGAGAUUAAGAAUGAGAACAUUGAUCUUGAGCGCAUACCAGUUCAGGAAGUGUUCGAGCAAUUGAAAUGCUCCCGAGAUGGUUUGUCCUCAGAGGAGGGGCGCCAGAGGCUUCAGCUCUUCGGCCCAAAUAAGCUUGAAGAGAAAAAGGAAAAUAAAUUUCUGAAGUUUCUUGGUUUUAUGUGGAAUCCACUUUCAUGGGUUAUGGAAGCUGCAGCUAUCAUGGCCAUUGUUCUUGCCAAUGGAGGGGGCCAACCACCGGAUUGGCAGGACUUUGUGGGUAUUACUGCACUGCUUAUUAUCAAUUCCACAAUCAGCUUUAUAGAGGAAAACAAUGCAGGCAAUGCUGCAGCUGCACUCAUGGCCGGUCUUGCACCAAAAACCAAGGUCCUUCGUGAUGGAAGAUGGUGUGAGGAGGAGGCUGCAAUCUUAGUUCCGGGAGAUGUUAUCAGCAUUAAGUUGGGAGAUAUCAUUCCAGCAGAUGCCCGUUUGUUGGACGGUGAUCCUCUCAAGAUUGAUCAGUCAGCACUUACCGGGGAGUCUUUGCCAGUUACAAGGUGCGCUGGUGAUGAAGUGUUUUCUGGUUCCACCGUCAAGCAAGGUGAGAUCGAGGCUGUUGUAAUUGCUACUGGCGUCCACACCUUCUUUGGAAAGGCUGCUCAUUUGGUUGAUAGCACAAAUCAAGUGGGACACUUCCAAAAGGUGUUGACUGCCAUUGGAAACUUCUGUAUUUGCUCGAUUGCUGUGGGGAUGGCGAUAGAGAUAGUAGUGAUGUAUCCAAUUCAACAUCGUCGAUAUAGAGAUGGGAUUAACAAUCUCUUGGUGCUUCUCAUUGGGGGGAUUCCAAUUGCCAUGCCAACAGUGUUGUCGGUCACAAUGGCCAUUGGUUCUCAUAGGUUAUCCCAGCAGGGUGCUAUUACAAAAAGAAUGACGGCCAUUGAAGAGAUGGCUGGAAUGGAUGUACUCUGCAGUGAUAAGACUGGAACUCUAACUCUCAACAAGCUUACAGUUGACAAAUCCAUGAUUGAGGUGUUCGUUAGAGAUGUCGACAAAGAUGCUGUAAUUUUGCUUGGUGCUAGAGCUUCCAGGGUUGAGAAUCAGGAUGCUAUUGAUGCUUGCAUUGUUGGCAUGCUAGGCGAUCCUAAGGAGGCCAGAGAAGGCAUUAAAGAGGUCCAUUUUCUGCCCUUUAACCCUGUAGACAAGCGUACAGCUAUUACAUAUAUUGAUAGCGAUGGCAAUUGGCAUAGAGUGAGUAAAGGAGCACCGGAGCAGAUUAUCGAGCUCUGUGACCUCCGGGAAGAUAUCAAGAAGAAGGCUCAUUCAAUCAUCGACAAAUUUGCAGACCGUGGUCUUCGUUCUCUUGCUGUUGGCAGACAGACCGUUCCAGAAAAAUCCAAAGAUGGUGCUGGAGGACCGUGGCAAUUUGUUGGUCUCUUGCCUCUCUUUGACCCUCCGAGGCAUGACAGUGCAGAGACAAUCCGAAGGGCACUUAAUCUUGGUGUCAACGUUAAGAUGAUCACCGGUGACCAACUGGCCAUUGGUAAGGAAACUGGGCGCAGGCUUGGAAUGGGCACAAACAUGUAUCCAUCUUCCUCCCUCCUUGGACAAAGCAUGGACGAAUCAAUUGCUUCUUUGCCUGUUGAUGAGCUUAUUGAGAAGGCUGACGGAUUUGCAGGAGUCUUCCCCGAGCAUAAAUAUGAAAUUGUGAGGAGACUUCAAGAGAGGAAGCAUAUCUGUGGGAUGACAGGAGAUGGUGUGAAUGAUGCUCCAGCAUUGAAGAAGGCAGACAUAGGAAUUGCAGUGGCUGAUGCAACUGAUGCGGCAAGAAGUGCUUCUGAUAUAGUCUUGACAGAGCCAGGACUGAGCGUGAUUGUCAGUGCUGUUUUAACAAGCAGAGCCAUAUUCCAGAGAAUGAAGAACUACACCAUCUACGCAGUUUCAAUCACCAUCCGUAUUGUGUUGGGCUUUAUGCUUAUUGCACUCAUUUGGAAAUUUGACUUCUCCCCUUUCAUGGUUCUUGUCAUAGCCAUUCUCAAUGAUGGUACCAUCAUGACCAUCUCUAAAGACAGAGUAAAACCUUCCCCUCUUCCUGAUUCAUGGAAGCUCCGCGAGAUCUUUGCAACUGGAGUUGUUUUGGGCUCCUACUUGGCCGUUAUGACUGUUGUUUUCUUCUGGAUCAUCCACACUACUGAUUUCUUUGGGGAUAAAUUUGGUGUCCAUUCCAUCAGAGAAAAUAGGGCUGAGCUCACAGCAGCUGUCUAUCUUCAAGUUAGCACAGUCAGUCAGGCACUCAUUUUCGUCACAAGAUCUCGAAGCUGGUCAUUUAUUGAACGCCCUGGUCUACUCCUCGUGUUUGCAUUCUUCGUGGCACAGCUGGUGGCUACGCUCAUUGCUGUGUAUGCCAACUGGGAUUUUGCGGUUAUGAAAGGGAUUGGAUGGGGAUGGGCUGGAGUGAUCUGGAUCUACAGCAUAGUCUUCUACAUUCCUCUGGACGUUCUCAAGUUCGCCACUCGAUAUGCAUUGAGCGGCAAGGCUUGGGACAAUAUGCUCCAAAACAAGAUUGCUUUCACAUCAAAGAAGGAUUAUGGCAUUGGGGAGAGAGAGGCUCAAUGGGCUGCAGCUCAACGUACCCUUCACGGCCUGCAGCCUCCCGAAAUGUCAGAGCUCUUCAACGACAAAAGCAAUUACAGGGAGUUGUCUGAAAUCGCAGAGCAAGCCAUGAAGCGUGCUGAGGUUGCAAGGUUGAGGGAGCUUCAUACAUUGAAGGGGCAUGUUGAAUCGGUGGUGAAGCUAAAGGGAUUGGACAUUGAAACAAUCCAACAACACUAUACUGUUUGAAGAUGAAGACAGAGAGAGGAUUUUCAGGUGCCGGAAAAGUGGCCGCCGGCGAGAGCAGCGAGACACAGAAAUCAGAAAAAAAAAAACAAA